GCUCGCGGAGGGCUCGGCCGCCAGCGACCGAGCGGGGCCCGGCCCGAGCGGGCCUGGGGGUACGACGUCGAGGGCGGGGGAGCGCGCGCCGCUGCUCUGGACCGGGCCGCGCGCGCCGCCUCAGGUGCGGUGGCCCCUCAGCUGCAGCCAUGGGGUCCGAGGAUCACGGGGCCCAGAACCCCAGUUGUAAAAUCAUGACGUUUCGCCCAACCAUGGAAGAAUUUAAGGACUUCAACAAAUAUGUGGCCUACAUCGAAUCCCAGGGAGCCCACCGGGCAGGCCUGGCCAAGAUCAUCCCCCCAAAGGAGUGGAAGCCACGGCAGACGUACGAUGACAUCGAUGACGUGGUCAUCCCGGCCCCCAUCCAGCAGGUGGUGACGGGCCAGUCGGGCCUCUUCACGCAGUACAACAUCCAGAAGAAGGCCAUGACCGUCGGAGAGUACCGCCGCCUGGCCAACAGCGAGAAGUACUGCACCCCCCGCCACCAGGACUUUGAUGACCUGGAGCGCAAGUACUGGAAGAACCUCACCUUUGUGUCCCCCAUCUACGGGGCUGACAUCAGUGGCUCCUUGUACGACGACGACGUGGCCCAGUGGAACAUUGGGAACCUGCGGACCAUCCUGGACAUGGUGGAGCGUGAGUGUGGCACCAUCAUCGAGGGCGUCAACACGCCCUACCUGUACUUUGGCAUGUGGAAGACCACCUUCGCCUGGCACACGGAGGACAUGGACCUGUACAGUAUCAACUACCUGCACUUUGGGGAGCCCAAGUCAUGGUACGCCAUCCCGCCGGAGCAUGGCAAGCGCCUGGAGCGGCUAGCGAUCGGGUUCUUCCCCGGGAGCUCCCAGGGCUGCGACGCCUUCCUGCGGCACAAGAUGACACUCAUCUCUCCCAUCAUCCUCAAGAAGUACGGCAUCCCAUUCAGCCGGAUCACGCAGGAGGCUGGGGAAUUCAUGAUCACAUUUCCCUACGGCUACCAUGCUGGAUUCAAUCACGGAUUCAACUGUGCAGAAUCGACCAACUUUGCCACCCUGCGGUGGAUUGAUUACGGCAAGGUGGCCACUCAGUGCACAUGCCGGAAGGACAUGGUUAAGAUCUCCAUGGAUGUCUUCGUGCGCAUCCUCCAGCCAGAGAGGUACGAGAUGUGGAAGCAGGGCAAAGACCUGCCGGCGCUCGACCACACCCGGCCCACAGCCCUGAGCAGCCCCGAGCUGAGCACCUGGAGCGCCUCCCGGGCCUCCCUCAAGGCCAAGCUCCUCCGCAGACAAAUUAGUCUGAAGGAAAACAGACACUGGAAAAAGACUGAGGAGGAGAGGAAACCAAAUCUAGAAAGGAAGAAAGAGCAGACCAAAAAGCCGGGGCUGGCGUCCCACCGGAAGCGGAGCCAGCCCAAGAAGCCCAAGCCCGAAGGCCCCAGGUUGCCCGGGGAGGGGGCAGCCAGGGCGGCCCUCCUGGAGGAGGCGGGUGGCAGCAUGAAGGAGGAGGCUGUGCGGGAGGCUGAGCCCGAGGAGGAGGAGGAGGAGCCCCAGCUGCUGCUGGGCCAGGAGGCCGAGGCUGCAGAAGAGGACGGGAGGGGCAAGCUGCGGCCGGCCAAGGCCAGGAGCGACCGGAGGAAGAAGAGCUACGGCCCCCUGCACCCCCACCACGCCCUGUUGCCCCCACCCACCCCAUUCCCCAUGGAGGAGGCACCACGGCCCCCCCCCUCGCUGGAGCCUUCCGUUCUGGCCUCAGGCCCUGCAGCCUCCACGGGGAGCCCCCUGCCCCCGCCCCUGAACGUCCUGCCUCCGGAGGCGCCGGGCGAGGAGCUGGAGGUGAAGCCGCGCCCCAUCAUCCCCAUGCUAUACGUGGUGCCGCGGCCCAGUGCAGCCGCGUGUGACAAGGGCCGCGUGUCCUGUCAGCAGGCCUUUGAGCACUUCACCCAGAAGGGCCCCGCCUGGAAGGAACAGGCAGCCACCAUGGAGCUGGCAGGGCCUGAGGAGGACAGCAGAGCCAGCGAGGUCCAGGCACCAUCCACGUUUUCCAAAUUGAAGAUGGAGAUCAAGAAGAGCCGGCGCCACCCCCUGGGCAAACCGCCCACUCGGUCCCCGCUGACGGUGGUGAAGCAGGAGGCCUCGAGCGACGAGGAAGCCUUCCCUUUCUCAGGGGAGGAGGACAUGAGCGACCCCGAGGCCUUGAGGUCUUUGCUGUCCCUGCAGUGGAAGAACAAGGCGGCCAGCUUCCAGGCCGAGAGGAAGUUCAAUGUGGCGGCCGCCCUAACUGAGCCCUACUGCGCCAUCUGCACCCUCUUCUACCCGUACAGCCAGGCCCUACAGACUGAGAAGGAGGCUCCCCACGCCUCUCUUGGGGAGGGUGCCUCAGCUGUGCCUCCUUCCAAAAGCGGCCAGAAGACACGGCCGCUGAUCCCUGAGAUGUGCUUCACCUCCAGUGGCGAGAACACAGAACCGCUCCCUGCCAACUCCUACAUCGGUGAGGAUGGAACCAGCCAGCUGAUCGCCUGUGCCAAGUGCUGCCUGCAGGUCCAUGCCAGUUGCUACGGCGUCCGCCCCGAGCUGGUCAACGAGGGCUGGACGUGUUCCCGGUGCGCGGCCCACGCCUGGACUGCGGAGUGCUGCCUGUGCAAUCUCCGAGGAGGCGCCCUGCAGAUGACCACGGACCGGAGGUGGAUCCACGUGAUCUGCGCCAUCGCAGUCCCUGAGGUGCGGUUCCUGAAUGUGAUGGAGCGCCACCCUGUGGACAUCAGCGCCAUCCCCGAGCAGCGGUGGAAGCUGAAGUGCGUUUACUGCCGGAAGCGGAUGAAGAAGGUGUCUGGCGCUUGCAUACAGUGCUCCUGCGAGCAUUGCUCCACCUCCUUCCACGUGACCUGCGCCCACGCCGCGGGGGUCCUCAUGGAGCCAGACGACUGGCCCUACGUUGUCUCCAUCACCUGCUUCAAGCACAAGUCGGGGGGCCACAGUGUGAGUGCCGGCCCACCCCUGUCCUGCGCUGCGGCCCGCCGUGCUCGCUCUGAUGCAGCCCUCGCCUCCGCCCCCAGGUCCAGUUUGAGAACCGUGGCCUUGGGCCAGGUGGUCAUCACCAAGAACCGCAACGGGCUUUACUACCGGUGCCGCGUUAUCGGCACCACCACGCAGACCUUCUAUGAAGUGAACUUUGACGACGGGUCCUACAGCGACAACCUGUACCCAGACAGCAUCACCAGUCGGGACUGUGCCCGGCUGGGACCCCCGCCCGAGGGGGAGUUUGUUGAGCUCCGGUGGACUGAUGGCAACAUCUACAAGGCCAGGUUCAUUUCCGCUGUGACCAGUCACAUCUAUCAGGUGGAGUUUGAGGACGGGGCGCAGCUGACGGUGAAGCGCAGCGACAUCUUCACCCUGGAUGAGGAGCUCCCCAAGAGGGUCCGGUCGCGGCUGUCAGUCAGCACGGGGGCCCCACAGGAAAACGUCUUCUCAGGAGAGGAGGUGAAGGCCGCCAAGCGCCCCCGGGUGGGCACCCCGCGUGCUGCCGAGGACUCAGGGCGGAAUCCAGACUACCUGGCCUUCAUGGAGAGCCUCCUGCAGGCCCAGGGCCGGCCCAGAGCGCCCUUCUAGGACAGCCGGCCGCCUGGCGGCCCCUCGGCUCAGCAAGGCAGGCAGCGGCGGGCCCGGGCAUUUGCCUGCUGUGAGUUCCUGUUCCUGCCUCCGCGGCCCCAGAGGCUACCUCCACGCCACGGCUCCCCGCUCUGCAGGGACGGGAGCAAGCAGGACGCCGGCCACGGCCCCGGACUCAGGGAGCAGGGCCACGCGGGCUCUGGGGGCCCGCGCCACCCCCACUACUCAGAUCCGUAAACCACGUAAGCUCUUCUUUUCGAAAAGGUGCUACUGCGAUGCCUGCCCCCCGAGCAGCCUUUGAGAUUGUGACUUCUGUACAUAGUACCUUUGUGAGGUUCUUUCUAUAAAUACCUAUUGUUUAAAAAAAAAACGCAAGAAAAAAAGGAAAACAAAAAAGGAAAAAAUCCCCAAAGUUGUUUUCUAGAUUUGUGGCUUUAAAAACAAAACAAAACGUUCUUUUUCUCAUAACCAAGACACACAGAGGGAGAUAAAAACAGCUCGCUCUUCGGUGUGUGGUUUUAAGUCCCCCUCGUCUGUGAGCAGGUGGGUGAGUGGGCUGCCGUCAUGCGAGGCCUGCAGGUGCCGGGGAGGCAGGGGCAGGGCGCCCAGUGACGGCCUCGCUGGUCACUCCACUCCCUGAGCGUCUGAGAGGCUGGCCCCGCCUCUGCAGCCACCGCCAGUGCCCAUCACCCUGUGCCUGGCAGGAGGAGGCCGGCAGCCCCGGGGGGGGGGGGGCAGCUGCUGGCCCCAGGUGCCCUGGGCCCCCUCCGGCCUUCGCAGAAUAUACACUCCCCGCUGGUUCGCUCUAUCCGUGCUGCUUCCCCUUGUGAGAACCGCCCCUUGGCUGAUGACCCCAGGCAGCUGGUGUGUCCCCAGUGCCGCCAGGUCCCCGAGGCCUGCUCAGGGGGAGGGACAGCCCUCCCGGCACAGACGUGGCUCAGCUGUCUAGUCACUGACGAGAGCGUGUGUGGCUUCCUGCAGCUGGAGCAGGUGGGGAGGGAGGUCGCAGAGCCCAGAGAGGACUUCCGGAUGGCCCACGUCAGCCGUGGGCUGCUGGGCGAGGUCCUUGAACCCCGGCUUUGCCCGCCGCUCCGCGCCCAGGGGCCGGCAGAGCUCUGUGUCCUGUUUGUGCUGCGUGGAUCUGUGUGUCUGGGAGAGAGAGCAAGAGGGGUUACAGCUCUGGACUUGGAGGAAAUCUGCCUCUUAAGAGUUGUGGGUCAAAUUUAUGACAGAAAAAACUGCUUUUCGGCGAGCUUGGAAAGGAGCCGAGCCCAGCUCAGCCCCAUGCCCUCUGCAGAGCCUUCUCCAUCUCUGCUGUCCCCUGCUGUCCCCCACAGACGGGUUGAAAGCAGAAUUUGCUUGUAUAAAAAAAUUUUUAAAUUAAAACUGGCGUGUUCUUACAGUUGCCAGGCCAGAGAAAACUGAAGACCAUGGAGAGAACCCAGAGGAGCCCAGAACCUUCCAUCCCUUUGGUGGGGGACGGAGGGUGGGGCGGGGAGGUGCCGAGGGGAGUCGGCAGACUGGGGCCUCCCUCUGCAUGCAGAGCCUGCCUGGGAGCUAGCACUGUGUUCACACAUAGUCUGGAAAUGCUGUUUAUACUGUAAAGGGAAUGGGAGGUGCGGCGCACGGUGCCUCUCGGGCCCACGGUGGGUCUUGGCUUGUGCCCGAGGUGGGUCAGGAUGCCGGGGGUGCGCAGGCCGCGGCACAGCCAUGAGGAAGUACAGUUCCCCACAGGGGGCUGUCUGUCUAUGUGCAAGACAAAAAGCAAAAGCCCCCACUUGCCCGAGAUUCAGGAUGCACUGUACUUUCGCCUGCUCCCCCUGCCUCUAGGUUCAUCAUGGAUUAAAGGCUCGUGAACACUGCGAA